CGAACAGCAUUGCUUGGCAGACCAGGUCUCCGUUCGACGAAGGCGGCAAGGGAAACCGGAGGACGUGCAGCAACCAUUGUCAGCAGCGCAAGUCUCAAGGCUUGUAGUAGCAUAGGGCUUGAUGCUGGCCAUUUAUCCAUGGCUCUGGUGCUUGACUCCAAAUCUUAACGACGUUCUAGUGUUGACAGUAUUGCCAUACUGCUUCGAGACUGGAACAGUGCGCCUCAGAACGGAACAAAGACGCGCCGGGUGUGGGCGAUGCCGGCAUGGGCAUUGAUAAUAACAUGCUCGACGUGUGUCCUGGGUCCUUGGAAGCCCGUGAGUGAUGAAGGCUCGAUCGUUCUCCGCGGCGACUUACAUACGAUUGCCAUUAGACAUACUGUAGGAGUUGCAUACGGCACUUAUACGUUAUAUGCCGACGUUGUCCCGGCCGUGACCUUGUGUCCCUUUAUUUUUUUAGAAUACUUUACUCCUCAGGGUUCAACCCCAUCUGAAGAUCUUUCAAUAUCAGUUCGCAAAGGUGUGACGGCCUUCUUCCUGCGGUCGUCAUCGUCGAAAUGGAAAAAGAUACAGUCUUCGAGAACGUUCUAUGGACCUCUUAAAAAGUUGAAUUCAUCUCCGACUGAGAAACAUAUAGCGAAAGCCUGAGCAUGUUCUAGCGCCAUCAACGCCGAAAUGCUACGCCAUGGUAUCAAAAGCUCCCUAGAAGU